AUGGUGCUUAUCUACUUUGUCCGUCAUGGCCAGACAGAAUACAACGCCAAAGGCAUUAUCCAGGGCCACAUUGAUACGUCACUGAACGAUACCGGUCGAAACGAAGCCGCUCUCCUGGCUGAGCAUAUCAAGGACGUGCCCUUUGUAGAGGCAUGGAGCUCGUCUCUGGCGAGGGCCAAGGAGGCAAGUGACCAAGCUCGCCACCCGGGCCUCGUGGUGCAGACUGACCCGGGACUCAAGGAACGCGACCUCGGUGCGCUGUCCGGGCAGAGGUGGACACCGGGCACUGUGCUUCCCUCGGAUGUGGAGGGCUCUGCUCCGCGCGUGGGCGAGUGGCUCCAGUCCUUUCUCGCUGCCCACGUCCCAGACCAGCCUGGCGCUCCCGACCCCUCCGCGACCAUCCUGGUCGUCUCGCACGGCGCCUACCUCUCCGCCCUGCUGGGAUCCCUCUUAUCCCAGCCCAUCUCGUUCGUGCCCGACCAAGGUGUCGAUGCCAAGAAGCACUGUCUCAACACGUGCGUCAUGCGCGUCCAGGCCGACUAUGACGAGGUUGCGGGCAUGUGGCGCGGGACGAUUCUCAGCUGGGGCGAAGUGGACCACCUCGGCGACCAGGCAAAGGAUAUUGGCGUGGCGGACGACUUGAGGCAGAGCUUCCGCAUGGCCACGGCCAAACUUUCGCAGUAG